CGUCGUGAUCAGACGAGCUGAGCGGCUAUCAAACGGGUCUUAUCGAACAAAGAAAUCCAACUUCUUCGAGGCGGUCGCGGAGAAGAAAACUGCCUUUGCCCUGGAGAGGCGUACCGACGAAGUCACUCCGGUUCCCACGAUAGCCGUUGGAGAGACAAAGCGGAGACGAUUGGACGCUUCGACCCGGAAACCGGUGCCGGUCGCCUGAGAACGUCAACCGGGCUCAGAAACUCCGAUCGUCGGUACUGAAUUUUUCGAGGCAGCGGAAGUUUGUUCAUCGAGUCAAUCGUUUCAGACGUCGAAAAUCAACGACCGGUGGAAAAAUGGCUCAAUUCAUUGGUGGAGCUCAGCCACCUUCUAUCGACCCCGUGAGCAUGGAGAAUGUGCGCCAGGCUCUCGGAGCCGUCCGCGCCGUGCGUUCGAGCGUCGGCGAUGUUUUCCGGACGUUGGCCGAAGGUGUCCGCUCAAGCCAUGAGUCCGAGGAACGCGAGAAGGACCAGGACUUCAAAGGAAGCUUAGCGCACUCAUUGAGCAGCGUGCAUACGAAGCUGAGAGAGCUGGAGACCUCGGUUCAGAAUCUGAGCAGCACAGGCGGAGCAGGACUCUCGCUUGGAUCGACUUCACAUCUCUGCCAAGACCCGACUAUCGACCGGACAUCCUUAUACGUCGAUAUGAUAAAAACUCAUCGUUGGCUGGACAGGGUCCACGAGUACACCUCUCACAUGGCCAGUGUCCUGCAGCAGAACAAUCUGAAACGAUCGAAUAACAUGGUGUUUUCGAAUAAACGUCGACAAAGGCUACCCAUCGCGACCGGACACAACGUCCCGCCGCAACACGUCGAGAAUUUCAUCGGCGGUCUCCAGAGACAAUUGACAGACAUGACCAUAGAUCUCGUCCGACCGUGCGGCUCGAAUGCGGUGCUCAAGAUCACACUCGCGCGAACGCUAAAGGCCAUAGUGGUGCUUCGCGGACUGCUCAUUGAAUGGGUGCUCGUGAAAGCAUAUCACGAAGAACUCUAUACGGCCGACGAGCAACUGGACAUUUGGACCCCUUCGAGAUACAAAGUCUUCCAGAAAGUCACCGAUCAUGCCAACGCAGCGAUGCUUCACUUCCAUUCGCCCAAUCUCCAUGACUUAGCAGUGAAGUCAUUCCUCCAUUGGCUCCAGAGUUAUUCGACCCUCUUCUCUGACGCGUGCAAGCGAUGCAAUAGGCAUCUCAUGCACAACUUCCCACCCACAUGGAGAUGUGUUCGCACCUACGAAGCUUAUCAUGAAACCUGUAGACCCUGAUGGCGGGAAUGCGAACUCGUUCCGUAGAGGAAACUUCAUUGUACACUCCUGUAUAAAUGGUGCAGUUCGAUGAGGGAUUCGAUCAGCCAAUAAACUAUCCGAAGACGUGUUCAUCACGAA